AUGCCGGGCCCAGCCCAUCAAUGCCGUCACGAGGUCUUGCAAGUAGACGUCUCGAGCUAUGCGAAAGAAGCGGGGUGCUCGCGUCCUUCGGAGGAACAGAGGCAGACAGCAGCAACAACAAAGCGAUCUGGUCGCCCGUAUAAUCAACCUGAAGGCGAAGACGCGUCCACCAUCUCACCGUACACCUUCCCAGCCCCACUCACGCUGCCUGACGAUCUGCUGGCUCUCGGCGACGAUGAACCUCCGCAGAGCAUGCUCUCUUGGAUUCGCCAGAGAACUCCGGUUACGCAGGCACGAAAGACCAUAUACGUGGUGCGCACGCCGACCGUCGACGAGGGAGUCUCAUUUAUGCAGCCAUGGACAGUCCCUACCACCACCACCAGCAGAAAGCUAAAAGCGGUCGAGCCUCCACGUGUGGCCGACGUUUCGGCUUAUCUAGAGGCCUUCUACUAUCCCCUCCCAGUGAAGACUCUCCCUCAAGAGGUGUCUUUCGUACCUUGGGAGACCCCCAAGCCCGAAAAGGGACGCAAGAAAAAGGCACCUAUGCCCAACUAUGUUGGUUUUCAGAUUGGCGAUGGAGUCACACGGGUCCGUACGCGUCCCUGCCCAGAUACCGUCUUUGGUGGUCAACUCAACCUGAAUGACCUAUUGGACGGAGCGUUGCACGUGCUUCCAGACGAUGCCUAUGCCAUUCUGCUGCUGGUUGAUCAUGACCUGUAUGAAGACGACGAAGACGACUUUUGCUGCGGCCGAGCUUACGGUGGUAGCCGAGUCUGCAUUGUCUCGUCGUCUCGCUACCAUCCCGCCCUUGACACACUGGACUAUUACAUUGUCGGUGGCAUUGACCUGGCCCAUAUGUGGCCGGCCUCCCAUUGCCAAGCCUUUGUUGAUGGUGUCUGCUCCCUACAUGACCCUCCUCCCCCGUCGAAGAAGAGAAAGCGGACACAGAAAAAGCUGGAGCCAAAAGCCCCAGCCGACAGCGUCCCCCCUGGCCUGGACGUACCUUCAACCCCCAUGGGUGCUGCGCUUCGGGCAGUUCAGCCUCUGUCACACUCGGCAAAGGAUCUCCAUGGACUAUGGUUCUCAAGGGUUGCUCGCACCGUCUCUCACGAGAUCGGUCACUGUUUCUGCUUGGGACAUUGCUCCUAUUAUGCUUGUGUUAUGCAGGGUACAACAAGUGUGGCAGAGGAUGUUAGACAACCUCCUUACUUGUGCCCUGUCUGCCUGGCAAAGGUCACACAUGCCCUGAUGGGCGUCUCACCCGACAUUGGAAACAAUGAGCAGGCAUACGUCGUGGAAAGAUACCAGGCCUUGAUGGAUUUCUGCCAAAGUUGGCUGCACGUGAGUAUGUUUGGUGGUUUCCAUGCAUGGCUUGAGAAAAGGGUCCAGAUUCUCUCCAUAGGGCGUAGUGCCUCUUCGCCUAUCUGCCUUAACUGA